GCAGGCUCUGGCCCUGUGAUUCCUGCGCAGGAAGGGGUGAGCGGCUCUUUUGCAAUUCCUUUCCCCUCAUAGAAUACACUGAGAAGGGCUGAGUUGCAGGCGUUUUCCCCAUGUCCACGUGUAAGGAAUAAAGAGUCGGCAGCCGGGACCGUCUCUACCAUGGGGAAGGAUUACUACAAGGCCCUGGGGAUCCAGUCAGGAGCCAACGAAGAUGAGAUCAAGAAAGCCUAUCGGAAAAUGGCCUUAAAAUACCACCCCGAUAAGAACAAGGAUCCCAACGCGGAGGACAAAUUCAAGGAAAUUGCGGAGGCCUAUGAUGUCCUCAGUGACCCCAAGAAACGGGCUGUCUAUGACCAAUAUGGAGAGGAAGGGCUCAAAACCGGUGGUGGCUCCUCAGGCAACACCGGAAGCAGUUUCCACUACACCUUCCACGGAGACCCUCACGCCACCUUUGCCUCCUUCUUUGGGGGCUCGAACCCCUUUGACAUCUUUUUCACCAGCGGCCGUUCCCGGAUGUUCAAUGGCUUUGACCACGAGGACAUGGAUAUUGACGAGGACAGUGACGACCCAUUUAGUGCCUUCGGCCGGUUUGGCUUCAACGGCAUCAGCGGCGUGCACCGGCGGCACCCUGAGCCCAUCCACAUGCGGCGGAAGGUGCAGGACCCGCCCGUGGUCCACGAGCUGAAAGUCUCUCUGGAGGAAAUCUACCACGGGGCUACCAAGAGGAUGAAGAUCACCCGCCGGCGGUUGAACCCAGAUGGGCGAACCGUGCGGACCGAGGACAAGAUCCUGAAUAUCGUCAUCAAGCGUGGGUGGAAAGAGGGCACGAAGAUCACGUUCCCCAAGGAGGGAGACGCCACACCCGACAACAUCCCUGCUGAUAUCGUCUUCAUCCUGAAAGACAAGCCGCACACGCACUUCAGGCGGGACGGGACAAACGUCAUCUACGCUGCCAUGAUCAGUCUGAAAGAGGCCUUGUGCGGCUGCACCGUCAACAUUCCCACCAUCGAUGGGCGCGUCAUCCCACUGCCCUGCAAUGACAUCAUCAAGCCCGGCACUGUGAAGAGACUGCGCGGCGAGGGCCUGCCCUUCCCCAAGGUCCCCACCCAACGCGGAGACUUGAUCGUAGAGUUCAAAGUCCGUUUCCCAGACAGGAUAGCCCCUCAGACCCGGCAGAUCCUCAAGCAGCACCUCCCCUGCUCCUAGAGCCACCCCCACCCACCUCCAGGCCGGCCUCCUCUUUGCCUGCCAGCUGUAAGCAGCAAUACUUCACGCACCUGUGCUGUGGUGCCCGAGGCCUGCGCCAGGCCCCUCACUGCCGACCACACCCUCCGUUUCCAAGAGGCCCUCUGGCCUGGCUUGUCCGUGCUCCCCCUCCCCCUCCCCUCCCCCCUCACCGGAUCUGGAUCCCCAGCUUUGCGUGCACUCAGGCUCCAAGCGUGCCCCUGCGCGAGGGCUCCUGCUGGACCAUGUAACUCGCAGGAAGUGUCUGGGCCAGAACGCCUUGGUACAAAUAGGACUACAGCACUUCUGCUGGGGCAUUUGAAGGUCUUUUUGCUGCUGGGGCAGCUGGCACAUGCCGAAAGCCAGCCCAGCCUGGGACGGCGGGAGCCAGCCAGCCUGAACCCGGAGUCGAGAUCUCCUGAGCUCCGUCUGCCUGGAGUGGUGAAGCUCGUCCUCUUCGAAGCACCCAGACGGUGGCCUCUGCCAAGGUGACCCGGGCCAGGGGGUGACCCUCCCUUUCAGCACUUGCGGCAGAGCUGGGGUCCCUUCUUGCCAGCGCUGCUGCAAAGGAGCAGAGGACGGCAGCAUUUGGCCCCCUCUCUCACCAGGCCUGUUUGAAUUCCUGCUCUCACUCUAAUAGAAACCUCCUAAGGAUUGGCCUUUUCCUGUCCAUUUUGGGUUAUGCAGAGUGGUUCAUGCUUAACUCCCUUGGGAGACCACCUCUCCCACCCACACUGGGCCAGAAAGCACAGCUGGCAAAUUGGGGUAGAGCCAGAGGCUGGGAGAAACUUCUUGGCUUGUUUGGGCUGGGUAGAACGGUGUGCACGUGUGGGUCUUUUUUUUUUCCAUCCAGGGCAGCCGAAAGACCUCGGGCGGGGUGGGGAGGCGGGAUGUGGAAUCUGAUUGGGUGCUGGAGUGAUUGUUAAGGGCUGUUUGAAACUCUUCAGAGGGAAAAGUGUGAAGCCAACAUUUCUUGCCAGCUAAACCUCGCUUCACCUGCAGCGACUUCCCUGGGGACUGAGCUGCCACGGGCCUCGCUUUUGGCAAGGUUUCAGAGCGGCUCUGUCUCUUCUGCUCCCUGACGUGUGGUGCCAAAAAACCUUUCCAUGGGGUUUCUGACUUGGAGCUGAGGCAUUUCUUUUGCCUUGACGGGGAGCCUGCCGCGUGGGGCCUCUUGGCCCAUGGCUGCUGGGCUUGUCCCCCUUGCCCGGGAGGAGUUGCAGCAGGAGCUCUGUGGCCCUUGCUUCAGCUGAUGGGCGGAGCUGCCACUGCGCUACAACUGUUUGACUGGCAGUCGGGGUGGGGUGGGGGCGUGUCUGAAGGCACAAGGCCCACCUGCCUCCUGUAUAGCUGUACAGAGUCUAAUGCAUCAAGAGUCUUUUAACGUGCAAUUUUUUGAGAAGAUUAAAACUGUUAACGCAGUAUUUAACUUAUCGACCAGUUUGAAUGGUUAGGACAAUGCCUUCUUUUGCUCUCUCCAGAGUGUGUGUGUGUGUGUGUGUGUGUACGCGUGCGUGUGUCUGUUUUUUAAAAUACAAAAAAACUCUGGGGCUGGUGACGCCAGGGCGGGCAGGUCAAGAGUCGGGGGAGAAAGUGGCAGCACCUCGGGGGUUUUUCUCCGAUCUGUUGAGAACCCAAGUGGUUUUAUAGCAGUUUUUUUGUAUUUCUUUCCUCUGAUUUUGUAA